GCAUUACUGAGACAAGACACAAAGAACAUAAUGGAGUGUCUUUUAUGUAGAGGCGCGUUGCUUACACCACUGAAGCUCUUUUGUGAAACGUUCUCAGUCUGCCGUCAACUCGAAUGACAAGAGUUUCUAACUUCAAAUAGUUUAUACUGUGGCAUUCAGUGCUUGAUAAAUGUACAUCUCGGCUGUCAAAUAUCACACACGUCCUCUGUGAAAUACAGGGGAGAUGCCAUGUUGCUAAGAGAUAUAUCACUGACCUCCGUAAAAAGAGACGCUUGACUAUCCAAAGACCAGUUUCUUUAAAUUGAGAGAAGUGAAAAACACUCUUAUGACAUUUACUCUUUUAAUAUAUUAGAACAAGACCUCGAGUUAAAAUUCGCAUUCUAUUAUGCGAAACUGUGUGUUAAUGUGUCAGAAAUGAAGGAAAAGUCCAAGAAUGCAGCGAAGACAAGACGAGAAAAAGAAAAUGGUGAGUUCUAUGAACUGGCGAAAUUGUUGCCUUUGCCCUCGGCCAUUACUUCGCAACUGGAUAAAGCUUCGAUCAUUCGACUGACCACAAGCUACCUGAAGAUGAGGGCAGUGUUUCCUGAUGGUCUGGGAGAGGCAUGGGGACAGCACGCGCGAAUCAGCCCGCUGGACAGCAUGGCUAAGGAAUUAGGAUCCCACCUGCUGCAGACUCUGGAUGGGUUUGUGUUUGUUGUUGCCUCUGAUGGUAAAAUUAUGUACAUCUCUGAGACGGCCUCGGUUCACCUUGGUCUAUCACAGGUGGAGUUGACAGGUAACAGUAUAUUUGAAUACAUCCACCCGUCAGACCAUGACGAGAUGACUGCAGUGCUGAGUGCCCACCCACCACUUCACCCGCACUUUUUACCAGAGUAUGAGAUGGAACGGUCCUUCUUCCUCAGGAUGAAGUGUGUGUUAGCCAAGCGCAACGCCGGACUGACCUGUGGUGGCUAUAAGGUUAUCCAUUGCAGCGGUUACUUAAAGAUCCGCCAGUACGUGAUGGAUGUUUGUCUGUAUGAGUCGUGCUAUCAGAUCGUGGGUCUGGUGGCCGUGGGGCACUCUCUGCCACCCAGCGGCAUCACUGAGAUUAAACUCCACAGCAACAUGUUCAUGUUCCGCGCCAGCCUCGACCUCAAGCUCAUCUUCCUCGACAGCAGAGUGGCCGAUUUAACGGGUUACGAGCCGCAGGAUCUGAUAGAAAAAACGCUCUACCAGCACGUGCACGGCUGUGACGUGUUCCACCUGAGAUAUGCACAUCAUUUACUGCUGGUGAAGGGACAGGUCACCACGAAGUAUUACCGCCUGCUGUCCAAGCACGGCGGCUGGGUCUGGGUCCAGAGCUACGCCACCAUCGUGCACAACAGCCGGUCCUCACGCCCACACUGCGUAGUCAGCGUCAAUUACGUUCUCACAGAUGUGGAAUAUAAGGAGUUACAAUUGUCUCAGGACCAGAGCAGAUCCCGAUCAGCGCUUUCCUAUAAGAGCUCCCUGCCGCCCCUGCAGGAUUCCCGUAAACAGCUCAAAGCCAAAGCAGCCAGGGUCAAAACCAAACCCAAAACGUCCCCUUAUCUACAGAUGUCCAUGCCCUCCGAGAAGCUGGAUUCUGCGCUUGGCUGGAAGUUGAGUCCCCCAUGCAGCCUGUCGUCCUGCCGGGAACAGAGCCCUGUCUCUCUCCCACCCGCCCCGUUAUCCGUCCCCGAGCCAGGCGAAGUGCUGCCUUACAGCCUGCCGCUGCCCUACCCCUACACGCACGCCCACGGACACCCGCCCGCCGACAGCAGGAAGCUGCGGGCAGCGGUCGGCUCUCCCGAGCGGGCUGCGCGCCAGCUCCUUUCUAGCCUGCUGCCCCACGAAGAGGACCACUGGGGCGAGGAAGGCUCCCCCAGACCCUCUCUAAAUCUCCCCGCACUGGGCUCCAAGCCCCCUCGGCACCCCCACUCCGGCAGCCCCACCGCCUCGUCUUGCUGCAACAGCUACACGGAUGGUAGUACAGUGGGCAGGAGGUAUCCCAGUGAUCCACUGCAUGAUGGCUUCAGCAGCUGUUCCUCCUCCAGACCCGGCAGUCGCUUUAAAGAAGAGCCUUUUGAGCAUCCUUCCCUUAGCCAGGCCAGGCCAGACAGCCACCUCCAUGGCCCGGGUAUACCGGGCAGUGCAGAGGCCAGGAAACCGCACCUCCUACGUGACAGCAAAGACCCAGCAGAGAGGGCCGAGGCGGCUGCUCCGUGUCCACUGCUGGGUGCAGCCGUGCUGGGUAAGGGCAGUGCCGAGCACCCCCGGGUGCACCAGGGGCUCCAGGGCCUCAGCCAGCACAUUCCCACGCAGGCAGCACUGGAGCAGAGACACAGGCUUUGCGCAGCAGCCCAGACUGGGUACGACCACCGGGGGGAAGAGCGGCGCGCAACCCGGGUGGCAGAGCAGGCGAAGGAAGAGGAGAGGAGGCUGCUGAUGGGAACGGGCUUACAGGCGCAGCCUCCGUACGGCUCUCUGAACUUUCACCACGUGCUGGUAAAGCACAGCCCCUUCCCCGCCGCGCCCUAUUCACUCGGCCACCUGACGGACAGCUACGGUUGCCGGGGGGAGGAGCUUAACCCAUACCUGUACAGGGGCCCGAGCCCCGCCUCCAGCCCUUCCCCAGAAGGCCACAGCGAGAUCCCUCACUACAUCGGAACCUCUGUCAUCAUUAGCAACGAGAGGUGACACACUCCGUGUUAGUGGUCAGAGGUCAUGCGCUAGGGACACUAAGACUCAUGCUGCAGCAGGUCACAGGUCACGAGAACACACAGACUCUGAACCUCCCCGGUGCUUCUGUGCAUCAGAUGCCCUCAUAUAAGCCAAUGCCAGCUUGCACAGGGAGCAGCACGUAACUUCAGGUAUGAGUAUAUUAUAUUUUUGCAAACAACAUACCCAGUAGAAAGUGAUUAGUAAAGAAGCAGAGCCAGGGAUGCUAGUCGUAAUGAGAAGCUGGUGUGAUGUCAGCCGGCCGAGUAGAAAGAUUUCUUCUCAAUACCUGCAUGUUUGCUGCCACUUUGAACAAGCAUGUUUAUAUAGGUCAGUGAAUAUGUAAUAGCAGUACGCUAUAAUACUCCAUUACUCUGCAAGAACUGGAAGCAGCUUCUAACGGUACAUUGGAUUUUAACAAAACAUCACGGAAAUCCUGAUUUUGUAUUGAAAACAGUGCAAUCGUCCACUGACAUACUUUUUCCCUGUUAUAAAGACAUGUCUAAAAAAGGAACAAGACAAUUGACAGCAGGCUAAAUGAUACACUCCAACCGAAACAAACGUACUGAGUGAGCUUUAACAAAAAAGUUUAGCGUGUCCGAAAACGGUCCCCCGUGUUUACUGUGGAAGCAGCAUUGUAGGUGCUGAGACAGGUUCUCUGUGUAGACGCCACCAUGCUUUACGCUAGCUGGUUCCAGACAGGAAGCUUCACUCCCCCUCUCCGUUCUGCUUGAUCACGGCUGUAGUAAUGAGGCUAAAGCAUCGAACACAACCCAGGAACAAAGAGGAACUGCUUUCAGAUGAUAUUGAAACAAUAAAUAAUUCCACUUUAAGUCCAAAUAAA